UGUGCCAAAUUGUCAUUGUUUGACACAAUUGCAUGUAACUGUUCACUUAACUCAGUUACAAACGGACUGGGGGAUGCGCCCUGCCCUGACUGCACGUCUGCCGAGAUGUCGUGGAUGAGUGACCAGCGCCAGUGGUCGUCAGACGACAGUCGGCCACUGUCUACACCACCGGCCAGUCCAGUCGAAUGGCAGACACCAGAUCGGCAGAUACCAGACUCCAGAAGUAAUAUACAGAGAUCACACACUGAAUUACUAAAUGGUUAUUCGACCAACUGCAGCAAUUUUAACAACAUUCAAUAUGGAAAACAAAUGUAUUCAUCGGGAAACGAGAGUGAAACAAGCAAAUCAAGAUCAAAAUUUCUCUGCUAUCAACUUGGACUGAUGAGAAAACGUCGAAUCCCAUUUACAAAACAACAAGUGGAAGUGUUUGAAAACCUUUUCAAGAAAGUCAUAUAUCCAGAUUCGGCCAUCUUGCAUGAAGUUGCACAAAAAACUGGGGUGUCCAAAGCCAGACUAAAGACAUGGUUUGCAAACAAGAGAUCUCGUUUGAAGAAAGAAAGAAGUAACAAUAAAAUGAAAAGUACAGAUUUCUCCAAAACAACACCUUGCAAUUGUCGGUGCAAAAUAAGGCUUCCUCCUUUGAAAAAACACAAAUCUUCGAUCAUUGACGAGUCAAGCUGUAAUUCUGAUGCAUCCAAUAUCUACUUGGACAUUGAUGGACAUCACCUUGCAAGAAAAAGUGGAUGGGUAAAUUCAAACUGUUCUUGUGGCAACACAAAGGUUAAUACUCAGAAUGCACCAAUUCACAUUAAUGCUGCAAUUACACAAGACAGUCCUAGUACUAGAAAUAUUUCAACAACUAAAAGUUCUAAAUGGUUUAAUUCUUCAGGUAUGUUCCCACUUUAUGCCAGUGCUGUUCCAUCACCAUUGUUGAUUCCUUCCGUGGUUGUUUCUCCUGUGACAUAUCCAAAUGUUAUAACUGAUUUAUCUUCCAGCGUGAAUCAUCCCCAGCCUCAUUUGCAAAACUAUUACCCAUCAUAUCAGUAUUUACUACCACCAAGGUUUUAUUCUGCACAAUUCAUACAACCUGUUGGUUUGUGUGAUGGGUUUGUGACACGGAAAGAUCAGACUGUGCCAAUAGAUUUAUCCACAAGUAAUAGGAAGGAUAACUAUUGUGAUCCAUCAAAAUCUGAUAAUGCCACACAGAAUGAGCAAACUGAUCUGGAAUCUAGCCAUGGGGAGCCACUGGCAAGUGAUACUGCUAGUAUUCUACCAUGUAUUAAUAACAAUAUAUCAAUGGCAAAUGCUUCAAAUAAUAAUAAUUCAGAAUCAUUGGAUCAACAGAACUGUUUUGGUGAUGCAUUCUUAGAGGUAAACCAUUCUGGUAGCUUUGGUUUCACUAGUAUGGAUGCACAACAAAACAAGAGAGUGAUUUCUUGUCAUCAAGAGACUGCACAAACAUCAGUAGAAAAUCUGAUACAAACUGUUAUUCCUGAGGAAAAUUCUUUAAAUACCAUGUCACAGAGUGUAACUAUAGUCAACAGUACAGAAAGCUCAGCAUUGGAGAUGAUAGCAAGUGAAAAUGUAUCCACUUGUACUAUGGUAAAACCUAAUACACAUUUACAGGACCAAGCAGAUCAUUUAAUAAAUACUGGUAAUUUACCGAAUUCAAACCUGUUGAAUUGUGAGACUGAAAAGACACAGACACAUGUUGAACACGAUGAUACAGAUUGCUCACAGAGGGAUGUUAACAACAAUCUGCUGCAAAAUGGUAAUCAUAACUUCACAAGUAAUGCACUUGUGGAGGGAGGAUGUGACAUUCAAAAACGGACAAAUGAGAAAUGUUCUGUAAAUGAGAAUGGUGAAGAUUCUGCAGCUGAAAUCCAUUUGGUUGACAAAGCAAAACAUCUCCGUACAAAUACCAUCUUGUGUUCACCUGAUGCUCAAAGGUGUUCGCCAUCUGCCAUACAUGAUCAAAAGAACAUCACUCCAUGUCUCGUAUAUGUUCCAGUCUUAAACACAACUUUCACACAGCCUACACUACCUGGGAAUCAAGUUAUUUUGAAUAAUAAUGUGAAUAGUUUUCUGAAUCCAAUUCACAGCAGUUCAUUUCAGUCUGGUUCUUUUUUCAAUAAUAAUGCUCAGCAUUCUAAAAACCUGGGAACAUGUCUGGCAGUUGAUCCAGUUGUGCAAAACAUCUUUCCACAAAGUAAUAUGUGUGUGUCAAAUAAUGCUUUGAGACAGGCUGUUCCUGUAUCUGCCUUGUUUCCAAACGGCACUCUGCUUCCAGGUUAUCAGUUGUUGACUCCUGCACCCAACACUGUUGUUCAACAAAGUGGAGUUGCUGAAAACUCUAUGAAUCUCAGUCAAGACGUGCCAUUUUGUCCUGAUUUGACAUCAGGGACUGAUGAUAUGUCGUUGAAACGUGUAAAUACAGUAGAACCCAAACAUGGCUGUAUGCAACAAGAUCACCAAGAACAGGCUUCUCAACUAAAACAUUGUGAACAAUCUUGUUUGCAAAAAUGUGAACAAGCAUUGCAAUUACACUAUGAACAAACUCCUUUGCAAAAUAACAAUGAAGAAGCUCCUUCACUAGAACACCAACCUUUGCAAGAGCACAUUGAACAAGCUGCCAUGCAACAAGAUGAUGAAUCUUCCUUGCACCUCGUUGAUACUAUUCAUCCACACCACGAGCUAGCUCAUUUACAGCAGGAUGAACAAAUCGCUCUCCAGCAAUUCCUUGAGCAGGUCUCUACACAAGAAUGUGAGAAAAUCAAUUCAGAUUGGCCAGGCCAUGAAGCAAAUUCCUUUGAGCAAUACAUAGAAGAAGUUUCUUUGCAUCAUAUUGAAUAGACUACUGCACAUUGCGAAGUUAAAGCACUUUCUUUAGAAGAAAAAACAACAACUUUUUAAUCUGACUUUAAUAAUUCUGUAGAGGAAUUGACUUCUGAAGGACAAACCUAUAAGUGAAACCGUGUCUAUAUAGUUGUUCAAAGUUUGAAAAACUAUAUUAGACCAGUGAAAAUAACUUUCUAGUUGAAACAACAAAUUCAAUGUAUUAAUAGGCCAUUCACAAUUACCAGUAUUUUCAUGAGAGUACAAACAGUAUGCUUAUGGAGAUAUUGAAAAAAAAAUCAGGCAGCCAGCAGUGCAAGCCAGUAAUUUUAUGUUAGUGUGACAUAUAGAUAUCCUGUUAAAACUUGCUUUGUUUAACACUAGAGGACAUUGAUUUAUUAAUCAUAAUUAUGCUAAUGGUAAUUGUCUUCAAAUAAAACCUGUUACAUUUUUCCAUUAUUACUAAGGAAUCUUUUUAUAUGUAUUUUUCCUUACAGCACAGCACAUACCAUGGCCUUUGAUAUAUCGGUCCUGGUGCAUUGGUUGGAAUGGGGAACAAACUCGGUUGGAGAAUGAGUUCCUUGACAUCCAAUAGCUGAUGAUUAAUAAAUCAAUGUGCUCUAGUGAUGUCGUUAAACAAAACAAACUUUGAUGCAAGCACCUUGGACAAACACUCUACUGACCGAGCCUGAUCCUUCCCCCUCAUUUCCUGUUGUGACUUGUAGUGUAACUAGCUUUCACUUUAUGAUUUCAGUAAUUAUUAUUAUGUAGUAGCUCAAUUCCAGAUACAUGUAUGCUAACAUUUGGGCCCAGUUGUUCAAAGCAGUUAAGUUAAUCCCUGGGUUAGUCUUAAUAUAUUUCAUCUACUUGUAUCUACUUAUUAAUAUUGCACCAAUACAAAAUAAACUUUAGAUUUGAUUAUGUACAAAUUGAUACCUUUGAUCUAAAUCAACUUUUUACAUUA